AUGCUAACGGCUGGCGUAGGAGAGCCAGGAAGAGACGAAACAGGCCGGAUGCCAUACAUAUCCCCUUCGUCCGCUCCCCCUUCGCCUACUGGAACCUCGUCGGCUCCCCCGCGAGCUGGACCGGCAUCAGCUACCUCCACGGCGUCGUCCACCACCACCACCACGACUACGGCUACGACUACGGCAGCUGGAUCUGCCCCUGUCCGCCGGCAUGGACGUCACUGCUCCGAGCCAGCCGUGAGCUUCCAGCGGCCCUCCAGCAGCUCGUACCUGCACAGACAUAGACGCAGUCCCACUAUCAGAGCUCCCGUGGCUCGUCUGCAGCAGUUUGAGGCCGGCUGUCAACAGGGCCAGCAGCAGCAGGUCCAUGAGGCCUGGACGGCUCCCGGGACCGGCAUGGGGCUGGUGCUCUCUCCGCCGGAAUCACGCAGCAAUUCAAGUGACGAAGAUGAGAGCAAGAAGUUGCAGGCCCAGGGGACGUCAUCAUUGUCAUCUUCUUCAUCUGCAACCACGUCAACGUCUACCGCUGCUGCAGAUAAGACGAACGAGGGCAGUGGAAAGGGGAUACUGAUCUAUUCUGUGCCGGAACAGGCUACUCAGACCCCCGAGCAGAGUGACCAGGACGAAGAAGAGAUGCCCCAGAAACCACCCAUGCUCCGCAAAAAGUCCGGAGAGCUCGUCCGGCCAGCUAUCAGACUACGACAGGGCAGGCCGCUCAGCAUGCCGGGGACACCCACUUUCUCCAAAGCAGUGCACUUUGGGGCCCAGCUGGAAGAAGUCCGUCACUUCAUGCAGCUCGACCGUCCCCUGGCCGUCAGUGCUGGGUCUUCCCCCGUCGAGGAAUACGACGGAGACACAGAGUUCCCUUUCACUUGCUCCAACGCAGCAUGUUCUUCCUCUUCUGCACUAUCAACACCCAGCAAGGACCAUUGGGAGGCCAGAGUAACUAAUUUCCCCAGCAUGCUCGACGACGCCCGCCUGAACAAGCCUGUUCGGCUCCGUCGUAUCCAGCUCUGCCCCGAUACCCACGCCCUGCUCGGCACCGUAGCAGUGGCCAACAUCUCCUACUCCAAGCACGUCUCUGCCCGCUUCACGCUGGAUAACUGGAAGACCGUCUCUGAAGUCACGGCCGAAUACGUGCAUGCUAACGCUCCUUGCAUCGACCGAGACGAGCGAGUGGGCUUCGACACCUUCAGCUUCUCCAUCGAACUGGCCGACCAGCUCAGACACGGGAUGCAGAAUAAGACUCUCUUCCUGUGUCUGCGGUAUAAUGUCGGCGGACGGGAGUUCUGGGACAACAACGACGACAUGAACUAUCAGAUUGUCUUUUCACGACGGGCCUCUAACACCUCUACUUCUGGCUCUGGCUCCAGUGGCUCAGUUGGUAGAGAUCCGCUGUUCAGGGCCCGUAUGGCCAAGGCGAAGAACGCGAGAGGAGGCCGAGCAAAGCCGUUGUCGAUGGUGGCCAUGGGCAUGAACCUACCCAUGAACAUGCCUAUCACCCUGCCUGACAACGUUAAAGUAGCUGUUAAGCAGCAGACACAGUUUGAAAUCACCGCUUCGAAGCCCGGUGAUUCAGAUGUGGACGUCGACUCGGAGAAGGAAGGCUGGUUCCCGGACCCUGACUCGCCCACCAGAAAGAACAAGCUACGCACCAACGUGUUUGGUGACAGAUAUGACUUUUCUGCCUCUCUGACUACCUCCUCCACGUCUGGUUCUGGUGCUGGUGCUGGCGGUGCUGGUUCUGCUGGCCCUGCUCGAUACGGACAUAAACACAGCCACUCCAUGCCCCAUCUGAACAUGGUUGAGAGUAGCAGUGCCAGUGCCAGUGCCAGUGCAAGCAGCCCCAGCACCCCGAGUGACUCCGACGAGUCCCCUUCCCCCGUCGGCGAGAAGAGACUUUCCGACUUCCUAUCUGAUAGACCCAACCACCAGUCCCAGGUCUACAAGGAGCUAGUUGACCGAUACUGCUUCUUCGGCUCAACAAAGUCCAGACGGUCAGGCGUGUCUUCCAAGGACGGCACUGGCGCAGAGGAAGUCGAUGAAGACACCUCGACGCCCACCAUGCCCAUGUCGAUGUCGAUGUCGAUGUCCACUUCCACGGCCACGUCUCUGAACAUGCACCAUCUCGCCCACCGCCUCUCUCCAGGCCCAGGCGGCCACACCCCAGUCUCAACAUCCCCCUCGGCUUCUACUUCUGCCUCUCCCUCCGACACCGAGGGUCUAGCUACCCCUCCAGCACCAACAUCAGCAUCCACAUCCACAUCCACCUCAGUCCGUCCUUCCUUUACCUUUGGUCGUCCCCGUCCGGCUUCAGAGAGAGGGAUGCCCGCCUCUCCUGCCCCCGCCCCCGCCCCAACGGCGAUAUUAGGAUGA